AUGAAGGCCCCAAUCAAAAAUGUUGAAAUCCAAAGAAAGACUCUGUUAUCAUUGAAGAACUGCUCCAUUCUGAAUCUCAGGGAAGCUUUACAGCCGUUUUUAUUUGCCAGCAAAAAGAAGAUAUACUCAAUUUCCGUUACUUUCAACGAUAUCACGAUUGUCCAGGAAGACACAUUUCAGAGUCUGGUGAUGCUACAGCAGCUAGACCUUUGUCAUAAUAAAAUUCAAAAUAUUGAUGAGAGAGCGUUCACCGACGCUUGGAAACUUCGGAUUUUAAAACUGUGUCACAACAAACUAAAACAGCUAAAGAAGAACUUAUUUUUGUCAAACGUUGAACUAGUUUCCUUGUACCUAGAAAAUAAUUUUUUCGAGAAUAUUCCGAUCGUCUCCUUAAAAGUUCUAAAGAAUUUAAAACUCUUAGAUCUAAGUGCUAACAAUAUUCAAUUUAUUCCUUCUCUCAGUGCCUUAUCCUCAAUAAAAUUCUUAUACCUGUCCAAUAAUAAAAUCCGAACAAUUGCGAGCAAUGCCUUUGAUGGUCUGCAGCAUCUUUCAAUGUUGCUGUUGUCAGGGAAUAAAAUCAACAAUCUGCCGGAAGAAAUGUCAAUUCAGUUUCAUUUGAUGGACUUGGGUCAAAUAAUUUUGCAUGACAAUCCGCUAACAUGUAGCUGCCAAAAUAGGUGGUUAAUAUCGUGGCAAAUGAAAAGGUGCAAAUUGCAUAACAACACAAAGGAAUGUGCUCUGAUGUGCUUUCAGAAUGGAACCAGUCUUUUCAUGGAGAAUUUUGAUCUGAAUAACUUAAUUUGUGGUAUGUUUUGA